AGUCGUUCCAUCCUUGUUGUCGUUGUCGUCGUCGUUAUUUUUUUUUUAGCGCUCGAAGGGGUUCACGUGAUUUGUCGAGAGUAAGAAGACGACAACUCACCGAGAAUGCGAACGUGGUGGUUGUCCAGGCGAACACGAAGAAUCGAAAGCCAUAAUCUGUUGAAGAGAGUUUUUAGGUGAGAAAAAUGUACGAAUUAAGAGAGACUCUCGUCUAGAGGAGAACGGAUAAAGUGGAGAAAAGUGUCGAAAGGAACGAAGAAAAAGAAAUAGAGAGAAAUGACAAUGAACGGAGGAAUACUUUUUGCAACCUUCGAGAGAAAUUGUAAAAGAGCAAUCUGAAAGUGAAGAAAGAUUAAAUUCUGUGAAAAUAAAGAAUUGCUUGCAACUUUCUCUCUUCAGACGAGAAAGAAAGAGAGAGAGAGAGAGAGAGAGAGAGAGAGAGAGAGAGAGAAAGAGAGAGAAAGAAAGAGGGAGAGAGAUAGGAAAUUUUUCGAAAGAUGAGAAGAAUAAGUUAUUGUGAAUAUUAUACACGAUGAACCGGUUUAUUGAUAUCUCGAAGACUCAAAGUUCGUUUCAUCGUUGGUUUGGGGUGAAGCGUCUUUAUCGAUAGGAAGGGUGGUGGUUAGAGCUCGUGGGAUGAUCGCAAGAGACCGUCGUGGCAAGUGACGAAACGAGUGAAAAGUUCGUUCGAGUGUAAUUCCUUCGAUUAUUGAAACUUUUUCUUCGAUCACGUAGUCUCACGUAGUUGAAAAUAUAUUAAAAGAGAAAUAUAGAUAGAUAAAUCGAGAGAGUGUGAGAAAGAGAGUGAGAGAGAGAGAGAGAGAGAGAGAGAGAGAGAGAAUGGAAAACAAAUGGUACUAUGAUCCUGGUAUCAUGAAUAUCAACUAUUAUUUCUGAAAUUUUAAAUAACAUCUUUCUUAUUAGAAAAAGUUCGUCGAAGUUCUUCUUUAUUUAUUUAUUUAUUUAUUUAUUUCUUUUUUUUAAUAAAUUGUCAGUAAGUUCGUGAACCAUGAACGACGUUCAACGAUUAUCAUCGAUCAAAACGACGUCGAAAUUCAUCGACGUCGUCGUCGUCAUCGUCGUCGUCGUCGUCGUCGUCGAAGAAUUGAAUAAUGAGCAUUUAACACGCUCAUUGGCCAUGAAGGUGAAGAGAUCGUCGGGAUGCUGCACGCUGUUAUGCUAGGGAGUGGACCGGGACGCGGUAGACGCGAGUGGUAUCCUGGAUUUUAUCUCCAAAGUCGUCGACUUGGCCGCAGGAUGAAUCGUGGCGAACAGGAAACUCUUUUUCGGCAGAGUCGACAAUUGACUCGCAUUGUACCAUCGCACGAGGACCUUGUUCUUAGCGUCCUCAAGGCACCGAUAAGUCAACAACAACAACAACAACAACAACAACAACAACAACAACAACAACAACAACAACAACAUAGACAACAUUAUCGAUAUCACCAACAUCAAACGCAUUCGCAGGAACAUCAUUUCAACUGCCAAGCACAUUCGGGUCAUAGAAGGUGCAAUCAUUCAGGUGACGCGUACAACGAGAGUCUUCCACGAAGCAAGGACCAAUGCUCUAGGCUCACGGAUAAAAGAUGCAGUAGUAGCAGUUUGGCGGUAUAUGCUGCCCUUCAAGGUAGCGAGGAUGAGCUCGCUGAGAUUGAACAUUGUCUUGAGUCGGAGGACGCGGCCUUGAAAACAGCAGAAAGCGAGACAGAGGACACCGAGGACAACGGUGCACCGAUGGAAGAGCCACCCCCCUCGCCUACACGAAGAUUCACAUUUUUACGUCGUUUCCGUUCGCCACGUUUUGGCGAGGCGCAUCAUAAACGAGUUCCAACGCCUAUGAAGAGAAAACAUAGAAGAAAGAAAACCAAAGACGACAUUAUAGAGAACGAAGUGAAUGGUGCCGAGGAAGAACCACCUAGUCCUGAUCAAACUGGUGUACCUGAUCCUUACUAUCCCAUUUAUUUACCUAUCGAUCAGGCCUUCAAAGCAAAAUACGUGUUCCAUCAUAAGAAGGGGAAGACUUUUCAAGAGAGACUUUAUGUUUUCCUUGAACAUCCCGGUGGAUGGCUCUGCUUCGUCUAUCAUUUCACUGUGUUCAUGGUGGUAUUGGUGUGCCUCAUAUUUAGUGUAUUGUCAACGAUAGAUCAAUACAGUAACUUCGCGAACGAAACUUUGUUUUGGAUGGAAAUAUGUUUGGUGGUGUUCUUUGGUGUGGAAUACUUGGUCCGUCUAUGGAGUGCGGGUUGCAGAUCAAAAUACAUGGGAUGCUGCGGGCGGUUGCGAUUCAUACGAAAGCCGAUUUGUAUUAUAGAUUUAAUCGUUGUGGUGGCAUCCAUGGUGGUUCUUUCGGUGGGCAGCAACGGUCAGGUUUUCGCAACUUCCGCCAUAAGGGGAAUAAGAUUUUUGCAAAUAUUGCGAAUGCUUCAUGUCGAUCGUCAAGGUGGCACGUGGCGACUUCUCGGAUCAGUUGUCUUUAUUCAUCGUCAAGAGCUGAUCACGACGCUAUACAUCGGGUUCCUAGGUCUUAUUUUCAGCAGUUACUUCGUGUACCUUGCCGAAAAAGAUGCUGUCGGGCCCGAUGGAAAGACAGACUUUUCUAGUUACGCUGAUGCACUUUGGUGGGGUGUGAUCACCGUAACCACGAUCGGUUAUGGUGAUACUGUCCCACAAACCUGGAUGGGAAAAAUCGUGGCAUCGUGUUUCAGCGUGUUCGCCAUAUCCUUCUUCGCACUUCCAGCCGGUAUACUUGGCUCCGGCUUCGCAUUGAAAGUUCAACAAAAACAACGGCAGAAACACUUCAAUCGACAGAUACCGGCCGCGGCUAUGUUAAUACAGUGUCUGUGGAGGUGUUAUGCCGCCGAUAAAGCAAUAAACAGUGUCGCUACGUGGAACAUUUAUAUAAAGGAUCCAACGCCAGCGGGACAACCAUCGACGCCAUUGGGAAAGUUGAUUUGUGUAAAGAAGAUGGUGGCAAAGAAGGCGAGCGUACUGAAGAGACGGAAAUCUCGUAACCGGAUGGAUGUCCAGCAACAGCAACAGCAAUCUUUACCACCAGUAACGAUAUCCGGUAGUAUAUCGGCCAGUGGCGGUGGUGCUGCUGCAUCUCAAACCGAUAAUCAGCGUCUCGAGAACGAGGGAGAUGUUGUAUUUUAUAUGGAGGAACCUAAAGCGGGUACUCCUAAUCGUGCCAGGCGUGACAAUCGCGUGUUUCCGAUUGGCAGGGGGAGCCUCUUUACUUCCCAGACAAGUUCGGUGACUGAGGCCACCAGCGAUGAAAUUGACAUUGACAUCGAGGAACCGCAAAGGGUCACAACGCUCACCGAGGCGCAUAGGAAUGCCAUAAGAGCGAUCAGAAAGAUCAAGUAUUUCGUCGCCCGACGAAAAUUUCAGCAAGCGCGAAAGCCUUAUGACGUACGAGACGUCAUUGAGCAAUACAGUCAAGGUCAUCUCAACAUGAUGGUGCGAAUUAAGGAGUUACAGAGGAGAUUGGAUCAGACCCUGGGUAAGCCAGGCAGCUACCUGGCAGGCAUCGACCGGGCUGGCAACGUGAAACCCAUGACGAUCGGCGCGCGCCUUUAUCGAGUCGAGCAGCAGCUGUCGGUGAUGGAUAAAAAAUUGGACCAACUGGUAUACGUGCUGAAUGCGGUGGCUCAGAAACAGCAGAUCCCCCUGAGGAGUAUUGAAGACGAUGUGUAACAGAAAGCCCCCGGCGAAUUCGUGCCACCCUUUUUGCGGGUAUCGAUGACGAGCCCAUGGAUAUUGCCACGAGUGACCAUAACCAAUGUUGUACCUAACAUGCUUAGCAAGAGCAGCUGACUCGGCAUUAUUCCGAUAUACGUCCGUUACUGGGACCUUUCUCUCGACUCGUGUGUAUAUAUAUAUAUAUAUAUAUAUAUACACGAAUAAAUAAAUAAAUAUAUAUAUAUAUAUAUAUAUAUAUAUAUAUAUCUUAUUUCCGUUCUACUUCCUUUCACAAAGAAAUCAAAUUGAUCGGAGAAAGGAAAAGAAGAAAGAAGAACCAGCUCGUCGAUUUUCAUCCUUCUCUGAAAAUUAAGUCUUUGUUUCAUUAAACUUACGAGACGAAGGUAUGAAAAAAAAAAAAAAA